GUCAAAUGUCAAUGAAAUUACGUUCAUAUUUUCAUUUUUCAUUUCCUUUUCCGUUCGUCAGCCAGAGUGAUAAGAUGCAAGAUAUUUGCUAUGCAAGCGAGCUAAUGCAGAAGGAGAAAUUUUCUGUUUCAGGUAGUUUUAAUAUGUGCGAAAUAAAGGGAUCGACUCCAAUCUACCAUUCUAAUUCAAAGGUAGUUUUAAUGGAUUCCAAAUUUGUAAAAGGCCAUGUUCCAAUUCAGAGGUAGAUUCCCUGAUCAGAUUCAAUGAAUGAUUUCUAUGCAGAUGAGGAGCUUGUAUUAAUUUCCUCGUGAAUUCUUUAUUCAAUCAAGAUGUAAGAAUGUUUGAGGAUAUAGAUUCAAAGAUCUUGAGAUAUAAUGGCGUUCCAGAAACAAGCUACAUACACAAGAAAAUGUAUCGAUAAAUUUGUAUUAUCACCAUUAAUGAAUAAAUCUGUUACACAUUACGAAAUUUAUUGAAAUCCUAAAAAAGUCAUAGAUAAUAACGUAAAUUGCAUAAAAGAAGAAUUAAUGAUAAUUCUGUCAUUACUAUCAUUAUAUUGACAACCAUUUAUUAUACAUACGAUUUAUGAGACCUAGAAAAUAUUACCAAUUUAUUGAGAAAGAAAAAACUAGUACAAUAUGGAUAGUACUGCAUAUAAUAUGUUUCAUCGGAAUUGCUGUAAGUUCAAUGGUGGGAGCGAAUGCUUUGAGCAGAAUUUACGACACGUUCAAUUACCGUUGCAUCGCGUACGCCAAAGUAUCCAUUAAAUUGGUCGAUGUUAGUUACAAAAACGAAACUAAUACGGAGAAAAUAAAGGAGGAUUCGGGAGAACAAGAGACCCGUUUCGGUUUAAUCCGCGCGGAGGACACUUCCAGGAUUUCGCCGAUUGGUAAAAAAUUAAAUUUGGGAAUUUUCGAGGACGAUUACAACGUGGAAUUCGCUUCGCGCUCGAAAAAAUUGGUUAUGGCCGAAGCGGAACCGGUACCGGGAGUGGAAGAUGUUUUCAUAUACGACGAAGAAUUGUGGGUGAAUAACGAUACUUUAGUGGCCAGAGCUCACUUGGGAAUGACCACCACAGUUUUCGCCAGUCUCAUUCUGUGCGACUAUUUAAUCAUCAUACCGUUUUCGUCCCUAAUCGUCGUUUCCACUUUCACCAUGAUGAUUAUCCUGUUCCGAAAAUCCUUUAAAAGUUUCGAUAGCCCCACUCCCGGUGGCUGGAUGUAUGUAUAUCCACUGAUCAUAGCGACUUGUACGAUGACUAUUUUAUCUGUAGUGGCUUUCCUUCUAACUUACAACGGUUUGAAUGACUUUUGCUCGCAAUUCUCCCAAUUCACCGGGCAAAAACGUUGUUCGCCAAUAUUAGACUAUUUAACAAAAGAGCAAAGAUUAGGGCGCCGGCACUUUUAUAGAAACGCCCAACAGAGCCAACUAGGCUAUUUUAUAGCUGCCCUUUUGUGGGCGAUACACACAGUUAUAGUACUAGUCAGAAUCGGCUGUACGGCAGAUUUUUAUCUGGUCAAGGUGCUAAUCAGGAAGAAAAUGCAACGUGACGACCAAGGAUUGGACGAUGCGUUUUUCGACGAUAAAGGGUUCUACUUCGAGCCCGCUUCUCGCAUAAAACUAAUCGAAGUGGUUAAAGAGAAGCGCAAAACGAGCAAAAAGAAAAAACCCGAUGAUUACGUGUUUCAUCCUAAAGUAGAGAAAAGGGAAAAAUUUUUAAUAGAUAAAGGAUGGGGAAUGAACGAUCAUGAAUACAGAUCGAGAAGGCUGGUUGAAACAGCCUAAACAUAUACCUAUAUUGUUUGUAACUUAUUUAUACAAUUAGUAAAAAUUGUGAUAUUAUUUUAUUGGAAA